AUGACCAAACGGCAGUAUGUGACGAAUAGGGUGGACACACCAGAGAAUUAUGAUGAUGUCAUCAUUAAUGGACAGUACUCUCAAGGUGCAAAAGAGGGAGAUCAGGAGGAGUAUGAUGAUGUGUGGAGUAUCACUGAAGAUGUGAAAACCCUGUUAGGUGGUGACGGAGCUCUUGUGGGGGACACCGUCGGGGACAGCAUCAUCACCUGGUCACCGGGAGGAGGUGGAGUCUUCUGUGCCGUGGUGCUGUUUUGUGCUUCAAAGCAAAUGAAGAAGGCAUUCAGCUCGUUCAGCGGGGAGAUGGUGCUGUCACAGGUCCGAGGUCAGUUUCUGUUGGAAGAGACUCGUCUGGGAGAGGCAGCAGUGAUGGCUCAGAAAGCUGCAGAGCUGGACAGUUCUGAGUUUGACGUGGUGUUCAGCGCUGCUCAUAUGCUCAGUUCAUCACCUCUGCUUGGAUGGGGUAAAUAUGGCUGUGAUCAUAGUAAAGAUGCUGGAGUCAUCUGCUCAGGAGUCCGGCUGGUUGGAGGUUCUCGCUGCUCUGGGAGGUUACAGAUCCUUCAUAAUCAGACGUGGAUGUCAGUGUGUGACGCUGUCUUUGACCAGCAGGAUGCAGAGGUUGUGUGUAGAGAGCUGGACUGUGGGGCUCCUGUACAGGUGCUGGGAGCAGCUGCUUUUGACAAAGGAGACGCUCAGAUGUGGACACAAGAGAUUCAGUGCAGAGGAAACGAGUAUCAGAUUCACCUCUGUCCAGCAUCACUAUCACAUGAAAACAACUAUUCACACCACAAUGAUGUUAGACUGGUGUGCGCAGACAGUGUGAAUGUGAGGUUGGUUGGUGGUCACAGUCGCUGUGCUGGUAGAGUGGAGGUGUUUCACAGAGGUCAGUGGGGAACAGUGUGUGAUGAUAGCUGGGAUAUGGCUGAUGCUGCGGUGGUGUGUAGAGAGCUGGACUGUGGUACGGCUGUAAUAGCAACACUUAAUGCUCACUUUGGACAAGGAUCAGGACCAAUCUGGAUGGAUGAUGUGGCCUUUAGUGGAUCAGAGUCUACACUGAAGAACUGUAGAUCAGGAAGUUGGGGUGUUAAUGACUGUACUAAUGGUGAAGAUGCUGGAGUUAUCUGCUCAGGUAAGCUGUUUCCAGACCGUGUGAAUGUGAGGCUGGUGAAUGGUGACAGUCACUGUGCUGGACGAGUGGAGGUUCUUCAUGAUGGUCAGUGGGGAACAGUGUGUGAUGAUGACUGGGAUAUGACUGAUGCUGCAGUGGUGUGUAGAGAGAUGAGCUGUGGAGAGGCUUUACAAGCACCACAAUAUUCUUUCUUUGGACGAGGAUCAGGAAAAAUCUGGAUGAAUGAAGUGCAGUGUAAAGGAUCAGAGUCUACACUGAAGGAAUGUGGAUCAAAAGGAUGGGGUGAACGUAAUACUGUGCUACUGUGGCCAUCAUAAUUAUGAUGCUGGAGUCAGAUGCUCAGAAACCAUAAACUAUGGACGAUUUACAAGACUUGCUGAUGGACCUCACCUGUGCUCCGGGAGGCUAGAGGUGCUUUAUGGGAACACAUGGUACACAGUGUGUGAUGCUGCCUUUGACCAGAAGGAUGCAGAGGUUGUGUGUAGAGAGCUGGACUGUGGGGCUCCUGUACAGGUGCUGGGAGCAGCUGCUUUUGGCAAAGGAGACGCUCAGAUGUGGAAACAAGAGAUUCAGUGCAGAGGAAAUGAAUCACUUA